AUGUACGAAAAUAAACAUAGCAUUAUUCUUAUUCUUAUUUUGGGUUUACUUAUUCAUAAAUAUUACUGUAAAGAACAAACAUAUAUACAUAAUCAAGCAAAACCACCACGAUUUCAUGUUGCAGAAUUUAAUUUUGACCAUGUGUCAGAUGUUUAUGCGAUUACAUUAUGGAUUUUACUUGGUUCAUUGGCUAAAGUUGGUUUUCAUUUGUCACAUCGUCUAACAGAAAAAUUUCCUGAAAGUUGCCUUUUAAUUAUUCUUGGUCUUAUUGUCGGCGGUUUACUUUACAUCACACAUUUAGCAGAACAAAAAGCUUAUGUACUUAAUAGUGAUACAUUUUUCUUAUUUCUUUUACCGCCAAUUAUUCUUGAAGCUGGCUAUUUUAUGCCAAAUCGUCCUUUUUUCGAUAAUUUGGGAACAAUUCUUUUACUAGCUAUUGUCAAUACUCUAUUUAAUACAGUAUGUAUUGGUCUUACAUUAUGGGGUUUUUCAUUUACACCACUUUAUGGUGGUACACGAUUUGAAAUGUUACCCUGUUUUGUCUUUGCUGCACUUAUAUCAGCUGUUGAUCCUGUUGCUGUAUUAGCUACAUUUACUGAAAUACAUGUUAAUGAUAUGCUAUAUAUUGUUGUAUUUGGAGAAUCAUUAUUAAAUGAUGCUGUGUCAGUUGUUCUUUAUCGUAUGUUUGAUUCAUUUGCUAAAAUUGGUCAAGAAAAUUUAAUUCCAAGGGAUAUUAUAUUGGGUGGUUUAUCAUUUUUUGUUGUAUCUCUUGGUGGAGUAUUAAUUGGAAUUAUAUUUGGUGUUGUUGCAUGUUUUACAACAAAAUUUACUGAACAUACACCUGUUCUUGAACCACUUAUUAUUCUUGUUUAUGCUUAUUUAGCUUAUCUUACAUCAGAAAUGGUUUCAGUUUCAGGCAUUUUAGCUAUAACAUUUUGUGGUAUGGUUAUGAAACAAUAUGUUUCAUUUAAUAUUUCAAAAAAAUCUGAUGCUACAACAGAAUAUGUUCUUAAAAUGUUAUCAAGUAUUAUGGAAACAAUUAUAUUUAUGUUUAUGGGUUUAUCAACAGUUAGUGAUCAUCAUUCAUGGAAUACAGGUUUUGUUCUUAUUACGUUACUUGCAUGCCUCGUCUUCCGAGUUAUUGGUAUAGCAAUAUUUGCUAAUUUAGCUAAUUGUUGGCGUUUACUUGAAUUAACACGUAUUGAUAUGUUGAUUAUGUCUUAUGGUGGUUUACGUGGUGCUAUUGCAUUUGCUCUUGCUCUUAUUCUUGAUGAAACCAAAAUACCAAGAAAAAAAGAAUUUGUUACAGCAACAAUUGCUGUUGUCUUUUUUACUGUUUUUGUUCAAGGUAUUACUAUUGGUCCACUUGUUAAAUGUCUUAAUGUACGACGAAAACAGAUUGAAGAACCAACAAUGUCAGCUAAAUUAACAAAUCGAAUGAUGGAUCAUGUAAUGACUUGUCUUGAAGAAAUAUCUGGUAGUGGUGGAAGUAAUUCAUUACGUGAUAAAUGUCGAAAUCUAGAUCGAAAUUAUUUUAAACGUUGGUUAUUACGUGAAACACCACAAGAAAAAAUGGAUAUUAAAUUAUUACAAACAUUUAAAAAAAUAAAUAUGCAAGCAGCUAUGAAAGUUCAUGAUACAUCAAAAGGACUUGUACCAACACAAUCAACAGCAGCUAUGCAUAUAUCACCAUCAGGAAAUAAUUUAAGACCAUCAAAUACAUUUGCAAAUUUUUCGCAAUUAUUAGCUGCCAAUUUACCAGAACAAACUGUACCUGAUCUAAUGUUUUUUGAAAGUCAAGGAAAUGAACAUUAUCAUGACGAUGCACAAAUGCAUCAUUUUCUGGAUACAAAUCUCUAUCGUGCAAGACCAAGAGCCGCUAUUCAUCUUCGAAGUAAAGAUGAAACAGCCGGUACAAAUGAUGAAACAAACAAUCGUUUUGAAAAAUCUUAUCAUCAUCGUAAUCAUAUAUACAUUCCAUCAAGACUUGAUAAAGAACAAUCACAUGGACGUAAAACUGGUAAAAGUGGUGUAAAUUCUGGUCGUUUGUCCGGUUCAAAAGCUGCAUCAUCAACUCAAGUUGAGCAUGAUUCACGUUCAUCUAAACACUCGUUAAUACCAUCAUCUAAAGCGGAUAGUUUCAAAUCUUCAACUUCUUCGAAACCACAACGAUCGAAAACCAGAAGCAAAAGUCCACCACUUUCAUCUGAUCAACCAACUAAAUCAUUAUCUUAUACAAGGGGCAUUGAUCAACCAGUUUCUCCUGUCUCAAUUGUUAUUGAAAAUGAAGAUGAUACUGUAAAAAUGUCUGGAGCUACAGAAGCUGAACGAAUUUGUCCUUGGCGACGUUCAUCCUUACCAGAUGGUGGAAAAUUACCACCUACACCAUCAGCAAAUGAUCCAGCAAAUAAUUUUCAAAGAUUUUCAAAUACCAAUGAUCCUAAUCUUCAUCCAGGUCCAUUAACUGCUGCUAAUUUCAGUGGUGCAUAUAAUAAAUCAGCUGAAUAUAUGGGUGAAUAUGCAACAGCUACAAAACCUGAAGAACAUUCAUCACGACCACAUAUUCGCGAUUUAUUUAAUAAUCAACUAAGGACUUCAGAUGAAAAACAAGAAAAUAAGUCUGAAACUGCUUCAAAUGAAAGUAUAACUCGCUUGUGA